AGCUCUUAAACGUAAAUGCUUAUUUACUACUUGACAAUUACAUAGUUAUGUAUCUACUUAUUAUUUUCUAUCCAAUACCAAAUCUAUUUUCCAUCAGUCCUUCAACAAGUUGAACAUUGAACCUCUUAAAUAUUGCGUUCCGAGCUUACCUCCCUAGCUAUUCGGCCGAUUUAUCCACAUCUGGACUUCCCGUCACUUCUACAUACCUACCUGUUUGUUGGAUGAUGCCUUUCGUUAGCCCUCGGACCUCCAACAUAUCUCUAUCAGCCUACUAAACAGAAUUACGUCUCUUGCCCUCUUAAAGGAUUACUUCUAGGUAAUCACUUUGGGUCUCGUCAUACCUGUCAGGAGUGGCAAUCCUACGUAGCCUUGGCUGCUACCGUAUCCUCGGGUUUAAGAUCUACGGCGGAAAAUAAAUAAAUAAACAAGCCAACCCCGCCGUUUAGUGACAUAGUAUCACGCCCACAUUUCGAGUAGAGAUCAAGAGAUCCCUGCUCGACUACGAGGCCACGAUGCCAACAAUAACACAGUCAUCAUCAGGUCGGCCAACCACUCCGGCACCUUCUCAGAUUCCUCUUCCCGCUUCGCCAACUUACUCCUUCGCCUCUACAGCUAACCCGUUAUCCUCAUAUAACCUCCCACUUCCUCCCCCACCACGACCUGCCCAUGCCGUCCUCACCAAGUCCGAUCUAGAGCUGUCGCAACAAGCAUACUCGGACCUAUUAGCCACCGCUAAAUCCUAUCGUAUCGCCCUUGCCUCCAUAUCGACUGCCGCAUCAGCAUUCGGCUCUGCUAUCGAGUCCUGUGCCCGGCUAAAAGAAUCUCGUGCUGACGCACUCGGCCCUUCAGGUGGCGCUAGCCUCACUAAUAGCUUCACGACUAAGAAUUCGUGCACGGCUGACUUGUUAUUGAGUGCCAGUGGCGUGCACCAUUUGAUUGCGAACCACCAGCAGAUCUUGUCCGAAACCGUGUAUAGAUCGUUCGAAGUGCCUUUAUUACACGAGCUAGACCAGUGGCGUCGCGCCAUCGAGGACGAGGAUGAAACUUACAAACGAGAGGUCACCACGCGCAGUCGUGAGAUCCGGCGUUUAGAGAAGGAGGGUUUGAAGUUGCAUCGUCAGAGCCGUAGACGCGAUGUUGCUAAAUUCCGCGAGCAUCUCGUUACGCUGACUACCAAACUCGAUGGCUUAACGGCCUUGCAUGCAGAUCAUGCGCGUACCUUGUUACGCGACUCACAGGAGGCAUCUGCUAAAAUUCUAGACGCAAGCUGCUCGCUGGUUCGGGCCGAGGUCGACAUAUUUGAAGGGUUAGCACGGAAAGGAUGGACAGGAGGUGGGUUGGACGAGUUGCUAGAAAAAGGCCACGACCUAUUUGCAAGCGAGGACGAUACACCCACUGCUGCAGCAACGGCGACUACUGGAAUAGUGGCAGUGGGAGUAGGAGCGGGCAGCGUGGCGGAUGGAGGGGCUAAGUUGUUUAGUAUACUACCGCCCAAGAGCAUCCUCGCCAAUGACACGGCUUCGGAUUCGGGACACACAGCACGUAUGGGAAGUCACGGACGUGCCGACAGUCUACUUGUUGACCCAGAAGAAGAUCGGUAUCAGAGCUUAGCAGGAGCUGUAGACCAACAGGGCCGAGGGAGAGGGGGUGACUCGGAGAGCAUAUUCUCCGAUACCCACAUAAGCCGGGGUUUGCGACCGUUUAGUCCACAGCCUAUACGGAGGCGAGCCACGGACGUGAUCAUGGAUCCAGAGUUUUUGGUUUCAAGUGAUGAGAACGACGAGAACAAGAAUGGAACCGGCAACUCAACCCAAUGCGGAAAUGGGAGCGAAAGCGAUGAUAACGAAACGUACGAUACAGCAACAGCGAAGGGCGCUUCAGAUGCCCCAGCUCAGGGGCUAGGAUUGGACAUGAGUGUGCUGCGUAUACAGACUGGCGAAGGUGAAGAUGACAAUAACGCUGAACCUGAGUCGCCUUGGAAAGACGAAGGCUCGCAGCGGGUAGGUGGUAGUACCAGUAUUGACGAGGGUAAUCAAGUUAGUAGGACGAGGGGUAGUAGCGUACAUGUGCCACCGCUACCCGAACGAGAGCAAACACCAGAACAACCAGAGCCGGAGCCGGAGCCAGAGCCGGAACAGGAAGUAGGACGGGAAAUAGAAGCAAAGCCAGAUUCACUACCUGUCCCAGAUCCGCUACCUGGAUCAGAUUCACUACCGGAACCGAAGCAACCAAGUGUUGAAGACGAGUAUCAAUGAGCAUGGGAUUUUUAGGGGUGGCUAUAAAAAUGGUAAGGAUGAAUAAGACCUAUCCUUACCGUUCUACAAGAUGGCAGAAUUCAAGACAAGAACCAUGGAAGAAGACAAGAAGUAUACAGACAGACAAAGAAGUAUCCGCUCAAAAACGAGCCUAGAAUAAAUGAUUUGAUGUUGGUGUUUGUUGGCAAAGGGUUUCACAGUGGGCAGACGGUAUAUACUAUGGGCGUGGGGUUGUAUUGAUUAAAUUCAUUUAUCGUUAACAGUUGACGAACGAAUGAACAUACCGGCGUGUUGAAGUUUGGAAAUACAACAUUGAAGCAUCUGUAUACAUUUACAUCUUUAAACCCUCAUCAUGUGGAUUGUGUCUUCAAAUUUGUACGGAUCAAUCAUCACGGCAAGCAUACCUAAGUACCACCAUCAAAGUAAGCACAUCAUCGACCGUAAGUAGG